AAAGACAAAAGCAUCUUUGAAGAAAAAGGCCCAGAAGUUGCAAAAUGAAUAUCGACGCGAAAUCAGGGAAAAUCGUAAUACAUCCGUGGUUACCAGCAUUGAUAUAGACGAUGAAAUGCAGGGGAGUGCUGAAGAACUUUUCGAAGAAGAAUCAUACAUGGACUACUCCUCUUUCGAAGAGUCUAGUCAGAGUGAAGAUUUAGAUGAAGAUACCACAAGUAAUACAGUCAGAAUUGAUGAAGGAGCAAGCUCGCAUGAACAACCUAUGUUCAUGGUAUUUUACAUCUCAUUGGUUGAGUUGUUUGAAAAAUUUUGCUUUAACUGCAAGGCUGAAAAUCCAAAAGUACACAUUAAAAACAUUGGUUCGAUGGCCAUUGUAGAGCAAAAUUGUGGUAAAUGUGUUGAAAAGAACUUUAUGUGGUAAACACAAGCAGGUAAAGGCCGAGUAUUCUCCCAUCCCAUAGACCCACA